CUAUUGCCAAUGCCGUGUCUUCGGGGUUGAUUAAUAAGAGAAAAUAAUAAUAAUAAUAAGGUAAAAUGGUGACUGUCAGCUUGAGAUGGAUGCAGAUGGCUUUACCGUAGUCAGCAAAAAGAAAGCUGCCCGAAGAAGAUCAGCAAAACCACCGGCAGAUUAUAUUAACACAAGUGAAGAAAAUGUUGAGGACUGUCUGAGAAAAAUAAUUCAAGCAAGAGAAGACUUGGAAGCAAGUGAAGGAUAUAGCAGUUUCCAAAAGAACUUAAAUGAGAUAAAGAGCUCCCUGCAGAGAUGGAAGGAAGAGGCAUGCAGAAUUUCUUCCAUUGUCUGCUAUGGCUUAGGUCAAGUUUCCUCUAGUAGGAUUGCCAGGUACCAAACUGGGCUGCUCAUGUUGAUUCAAGAGUUCUUUGAUGUUGGUGUUGAGGUGUUUGACCCUGCUUUCUCAUCACUGGAUGAGAAGGUGUUAGAUUCGCUGAAUUUUACUGUUGUUAAAGAAAAUGAAGAAGGAAAGAAGCACGUUUUGACAUCGACCUUGUUUUACAUGCCUCAUUGUGGAAAAGAAUUGUACAAUAACCUCUUGUGGGCAAACUGGAAUGCAGAAUCACUUCCUAUGUGUGUAAUUAUCGGCAAUAGCUUCAGUACCAUUGUGCAAAAUGUACCGUCAAGAAUAUUAAAACAGUAUUAUAAUUUUAUUGAACGAGCGGAAGUGCUUUAUGAAGAAUAUCCUUUGAAGUCAUUAGUGGAACAUGAUGAUGUGUUCAAUGACAUCAGUAUUCAUAUCAUGAAACGAGAAAUUACAUUAAGUGAAAAAGAAAGGCUUUUGGAAGAAUGUAUUGAACCGGAUUAUACAGGCUGUGAAGCUGAGAUUGUGAGAACAUGAGGACUUUGGGAGACUUGUAAGAAUUAGAAAUAUUUUAUAAUAUUUUACUACAAGGUACAAAAAUGGUGCUGAGCUGUAAACUACACUUUCUUGUUAUAUGUUCCCUCAUUUUAUUUGAACUCUGUAUAUGCUCUAAAGAAACCUGCGAUUCAGGCUUCUUUAGAAUUGGAGAUAUGAAAGAGUGUCACCCGUGGAUAACAUGUAGAGAUAUUAAGGACAUGGCUAUAGGCGAUCUUCUUGGCUUUGGUGCUGUGAAGCAGAUUUACUUGUCAUCAUGGAGGAAUCAGGCUGUGGCAUAUGUCUAUAUUAACAACAGAGACUAUUUGGAAGAUUUCAAGGCAGGUUUAGAUUUUCUGAAAGGCAUUGGUCCAAGUAGGUUCAUUGUACAAUUGAUAGGCUUCUGUGAGGAAGCUCAUGUGUAUAUAACAGAGUAUCAUCCAUUAGGCAAUGCUAUUAAUGUUUAUAAGGUAUUUAGUGAGAAAAAUAUUGGCCUAAAAGAGAGAUUUCAUUUAUGUAUAGACUAUGUUAGUAUACUAGAGUUCUUACACAACAGUCCUCUAGGCACAGUAGUAAUGUGUGAUUCGAAUACACUGAAUAAAACCCUGGAGCAGUAUCUGAUAACUUCCUCCCUCAGCCUAAUUUUGAAUGACGUUGAUGCUUUGCCACAAGUGGGACAUGAAGGCAUUAUUUGUGGACACAGGGAGAUCAGGGGAGAUUUUGUAGCACCAGAACAGAAAUGGCCAUAUGAUGGAGAGGAAUUCACAGAGGGCCGAAUGCCUCGUUACAGUGAAAAGGUUGACAUUUGGAAAAUUCCUGCCGUGUGUAAUCACUUUUUGGGGAAGAGUGAGGAGGCAAGAAUAUUCCGAUACCACGUCUUUUCAACUCACAAACAGUGUCGGGAGAAGAGGCCACAGUCUAGGCCAUCAGCAAGAGAGGUUUUACAGUUGUAUGAGGAUCUUUUAGAAGGGUAUUUCAGUGAAAGUAUUUUCAGUGCAAAAGAAGAAUUAUAACAGUAUAGAAUUCUGGUGAUUUGUUUAAAGAAAUUAUGUAUUUGCUGGCCAAUUUAGUUUCUGGUUUAUGUAACACUUCUAUGUACACUUUUAUAUUUGUAAAUUUAGUUCAAUAUUAAAUAUAAGAUAGCUGUGAAAGAAGAUUUAUUAUAGAAUACAAUUUUUGUUGAAGAAUAUGAGAACAACCUUUAUUACAUAUGAAAUUUACAGAACUUUCACCUGUUGCCAGUAUCUUUUAUGGAAGCUAUACUGUAAACUUACUGUUCCUUUAGAGUUAUAUUUUAAGCCUGUUUAAAUUUUGUAGAAUCAUAAUUGUAAACAGUAUCCUGCAUUGCAUUAUUUGGAAAAUAACAAAUUGAAUAUUCUUGUGAUAAUAAAGAGAUAUUUAUA